AUGAUAUUACUUUUACUAUUUUCUAUCACAUCAUAUGCAGCUGCAGAUGCAAGUUAUACUUGCAUCGGUCUUCAAUGUGGUGCAGGUACCUGAAAGCAAUGCAUGCUUAACAACAGUCAAACAACCUUGACGCUAAGUCCUUGCCUUGGCAACUAUACCUGCACAAAUGCAGCAGCUCUUUUAGCAUCAUCAACAACAACUUCAUUCCCAAACAUCACUUGUGAAAGCACCGCUAUUGAUAACUGCGGCAGAGGCACAUGAACCCCGGAUUUAAAUCCAACAGGCUGGUCAUGCUGUGAAAAUUCAGACUGCAUUUCAGGAAGUUGCAUAAAUAAUACUUGCCAAGGCUUGACAUCUGGGCAAGAAUGUGAAUAUCAUGGACAAUGCCAGCCUUGAUAUUAUUGUUCAGGCUACUGCACUUUAGUUAGCGCAGAAAUAGGCUCAAAUUGUGAUACUGAUUAUGAAUGCCCUCCUGGAUGUGGGUGCAAUUUAAAGAAAUGCACUGGGCUUCUAUCGCUAGAUGAUGGAGAGAAAUCGGAGAACAUGAAAUUCUGCAAAAGCAUGCUGGUGCAAGAUGGGAUAUGUGAUAAUAUUGUGAUUUAUUCAGAAGCUGAACAAUAUUUAGAUUAUCCUUUUCAAUGCAAUAUGGGAUCGAAUUGCAUGUAUUUAUAUAGAAUGACUAAUUGUCCCUUAUCUAGCAAUCAAAACAAUUGGGGAAAAAAACUUCUUGAUGGAAAAUCAACCCUAUAUUAAAGAUAUCUAGAUAUAAACUAUAUUUUUGUAAUUCCUUAAAUUAAUUACUAACCAAAAAAUUUCGCUCACUCAUGUAGAAAGAAGUAAGAAGUUCGCCUAUAGCAAAUCUUGCAAUUGUGGAGGUGAUAGAGGAAAUUCAACAGGAUUUUGCUGAUUUGACACGCCUGGAGUAAGCUCGAUUGAUAUUUCUCAAGCUUUGGUAUUUAAUGAUACUAAAUGUUCUGGAGAUCCAGCCCAUUCAAUAGAUCCUGAUAUUUUAUUUGCAUGCACCUCUAUAACUGGUGACAAUUAUAACUUUUACUAUCACAUUUUGCAUCAGAGAAAUUAUUGACCUCUUUAUAAAAGCGGAUUCAUAGACUCUUGUGCUUUGAAGUUUGGACUUUUUGACACAGAAGAUUGGAUGAGCCAUGAUAAUGCUAUGAUUAUUGGCCUUAUCUCUAUGAUAUAUUGUCUUGUUUAA